CCCCCGCAAGAAAAGAAGGGUGUUACAGCAUUUCUUACUACCUCAAAUCAAAUAAAAUAAAAACAACACAUAAUAACGAAAUGAUUCACGUGCGAAAGAAAACAAAAACAUGAACUCAUCAUCCUCAUAAAUAAAUCACAUCAUCAAGAAGAAGAUAACUCCAACUACUAUUCUGAUCGAUUGAAUAACGUGUGAGAUGGAGAAGCACCAAAACGGAGAAGAUAGUGAACAACUGGAUCCAUCUAUUUGUGGCUACGAUUCCCUUCACCAUCUUCUCAAGGAUAAUCUCAAACCUCAUCACUUCCAGGAAGUCAAUCGUUUGCUUACCGGGCUUAAUUGUGGAAAAGUACUUGAAACUAUUGCUCUACCUCAAUCUGCUACAGCUCUCUCCGCGGAACAUGGUUUUGACCUCCAGGCUUUCUGCUUUCAUGCUGAUAAAGAAGUAUUAAGGGAACCUCGAAUUGUAAGGGUUGGUUUGGUUCAGAACUCUAUUGCCCUCCCAACAACUGCUCACUUUGUGGAUCAAAAAAAGGCUAUCUUUGAGAAACUAAAGCCAAUUAUUGAUGCUGCCGGAUCAUCAGGGGUCAACAUAUUAUGCCUGCAAGAAGCAUGGAUGAUGCCAUUUGCCUUUUGUACUCGAGAGAAGAAGUGGUGUGAAUUUGCAGAACCUGUUGAUGGAGAAUCAACAAAAUUUUUGCAAAGCUUUGCGGUGAAGUAUAACAUGGUGAUUAUAAGCUCAAUUCUUGAGAGAGAUAUGAACCAUGGAGAUGUUAUUUGGAACACCGCCGUUGUUAUUGGGAAUCACGGCAAUAUAAUUGGAAUACACAGGAAGAACCAUAUCCCAAGAGUUGGAGACUUCAAUGAGAGCACAUAUUACAUGGAAGGAAAUACAGGUCACCCUGUAUUUGAAACAGCAUUUGGAAAGAUUGCCAUUAAUAUAUGUUAUGGUAGGCACCAUCCUUUAAAUUGGUUAACUUUUGGCUUGAAUGGUGCGGAAAUUGUUUUCAACCCUUCUGCCACUGUUGGUGAACUCAGCGAACCAAUGUGGCCAAUAGAGGCACGUAAUGCUGCAAUAGCGAAUAGUUACUUUGUUGCUUCAAUCAACCGCGUUGGGACUGAGACAUUCCCCAAUCCAUUUACUUCUGGUGAUGGCAAGCCAGCACAUGCAGAUUUUGGGCAUUUUUAUGGAUCGAGUUAUAUUUCAGCACCAGAUGCUUCAUGCACGCCGUCUUUAUCACGUAAUAGGGAUGGCUUAUUAGUAACAGACAUGGAUUUGAACUUGUGCAGGCAAUAUAAAGAUAAAUGGGGUUUCAGAAUGACUGCACGAUACGAGUUGUAUGCGGAGACACUUGCUCGGUAUCUGAAACCAGGAUUUGAGCCUCAAGUCAUCCGUGAUCCCUUACUUCAUAAGAGUUCCUCAUGACCUGUGCUAGAAAGUGCUCAUUGCAAUCUUUUCAAACUGUUUUCUGUGUGGAAUAUUGUGUGAAAUUCAGCUCUCGGGAGUGUUUUUCCUUUCUAAGAUGAACUAAUUGAAAUUGAAUUAUACAUAAAUAAAAUGAAUCUGAAAUGGUUUUCCUUUCUGUUA